AUGGCUAACAGCGAGGAUGAAAAGGAAGAGGAUGACACCGAGUGGAAAUACAGUUUCGUAGAUUCAAUCCCACUCAUUCCCGCUGCUGCUUCUGAUCCAAGCCUCAAUAAGACAUCAGGACCAACGCCUGCACACAGAGUCAUUUUGCAUUUUGACUUGGACUGCUUCUAUGCUCAGGUGGAAAUGAUCAGAAACCCUGCACUGAGAGAGGUCCCUUUAGGUAUUCAGCAGAAAUACAUCAUAGUCACCUGUAACUAUGUAGCAAGAGAUCUGGGGGUCUCCAAGCUGAUGUCUGUGACUGACGCAAAGGAGAAAUGUCCUCAGCUAGUGUUGGUUAAAGGAGAAGACCUGACACACUACAGAGAAAUGUCCUAUAAACUGACAGAGCUGCUCAUGUCCUACUGUCCACUGGUAGAGAGGCUUGGAUUUGAUGAAAACUUUGUAGACAUUACAAAGAUGGUAGAAAGAAGGCUAGCAGAGACACCAGAGUCUAACAACUUUUCAUUUAAAGGACACGUCUACAACCAUACUAGUGCAGAACUUGAAGCCCAGGAUCACCCAAGGUUGGCUUUAGGUUCACACAUUGCAGCAGAGAUUAGAGAAGACAUCAAAGGCAAACUGGGACUCACUGGCUGCGCUGGCAUCGCCACCAGCAAACUACUGGCCAAACUGGUGUGUGGCACCUUCAAACCCAAUCAGCAGACCACCCUGCUGACAGAGAACAUUGAUGACAUUAUGGGCUCCCUGAGCAGUGUCCGUAAAAUACCAGGGGUGGGUUAUCAAACUUCUAAGAGACUUCAAGCCCUGGGAUUGGCCAGCGUGAAAGACCUUCAGCUCUUCCCAUUGAAUGAUUUGGCGAGAGAGUUUGGAGCUCCCAGCGCUCAGCGCUUAAAGAAUCUGGCCCUAGGAGUAGAUGAGUCACCUGUCACCCCUACUGGGGCCCCUCAGUCUCUUAGUGAUGAGGACUCUUUCAAGAAGAUAUCAUCAACUAAAGAAGUUUUGGAAAAGACUCAAGAACUCCUGAGCAAUCUAGUGGAGAGGAUGCGGAAUGAUGGCAGGCAGCCUCAAACCUUCAGGCUGACCAUCCGUAAAUACUCUGCCACUAAUAAGUGGUUCAACCGGGAGAGUCGGCAGUGUCCGAUCCCAAACCACGUUGGACAGAAGAUCCCCUCCGAGAGCAGUGAAGAUGCUGUGGUCCUGCUGCUCCCUCUGGCCAUGAAGCUCUUCCACAAGAUGGUGGACAGCAGCGCCGCCUUCCACCUCACCCUACUUAACGUUUGCUUCAGCAACCUGCAGACCAAGGGGGCUGCCGUCAGCGGAAAGGGCUCGAUAACAUCCUUCUUCACACAAAGCACGUCACCCGGAAAAACACAACAAAUCUGCUCAUCACAAAGCCAGGAUUCCUCCUCUCAGAACGGGGGUAGUCACUGCUUGGAUCAUCCGGUUAGCACACACAGCGUGAUUACUCAACCUAUCUCAAAAAAGACAGUAACCACUAAAAGGUCUCGUAGCUCUGAGGCAGCAUUACACGGGUCUAAAAUAAAACAGAGCCCUGUUGUUGCUGUAGAAGACACUCAGAGAGUAUCCUGCAGCACAGCGAUGUCACACAGUGAAGAACUAGAUGUACCAGGGACACAUCAAUUGCCCCCACAUUUUGACCCUGAAGUGUUCAGGCUUCUCCCUGUGGAAAUCCAGAAGGAGCUGUUAUCCCCUGCCUACACAAACUCUCACCCAGGUACUUCAGUGAACUCAUCAGCUCUUGUUGAUCCCCCCUGCACAACACAUGAGUCGUUUACUGACUCGCAAAAAGACAUAAAAGAGGCUUUGAACAAAUUAGGUUCAUCUGAUAGGCCAACCACCGUGAAUCACCAGAGGCCUGCGGGCACAGUAGAGAACGUCAUGGAAGAAGGGAGAGCGUCAUUUGCCCGGUCUUCUGACUGCGAUUUCCCAGGAAAUGUGGACCCUAAGGUGUUUUCAGAGCUUCCGCCGGAUGUUCAGAGCGAGUUGAUGUCUGAAUGGAAGCAAAAGAAGCCGGUGUUGAAGACGCCCUCAUCCAAAAAACCAGGAAGAAGCCUGACGACCAAAGACAAAAAGGCUGCAGGCAAAGGCAGUCAGGCAAACAAUCUGUUCAAGUAUUUCAAACCCAGUUAGAGAGGGACUAGUUACUUCUGCGUAAGGUAACUUAUGACAGUCAUCUCUUGUGAUCUAUUUUGUCAUGUUCUAUUAAAAAAUAUAUUUCCAUUUGUUCAAAAGUAAUACCACUGUAAAUUAAAACUAAACACAAGUUUUCAUGACAAUAAUUUCAGACGCAUUAAUGAUAAUAUAUCAAAAUUACGUACAGUAUUUCUUUAAGUCAAAAUAUCAUAGCAAAAAUAAUACACAGUAAGACCCACAACAGCAUAUCAUUACACAGUUAAUUAAUGCGUCAUUGAUUUUGUCUAUUAAUGGCAUAUAAGAAACUACAGACUUAUGAAGUCAAUACAUAAUGCUUCACUGUUGAAUUUGAUAAACAUUUCUGACAGUU